AGCGAUAAAAAUUUUGUGAAUCAAGUGACAUUUGAAUAUGACGGCAGAUAUGAAAGCUUCGGUUCUAAUAACCGCGCAACACUUCAAGGACGAUGAGGUGAAAGACGAAUUAUUUGAACAGCUUGUGAGUCGCCUCGGAAAUUCUUUCCAAGUAGUUUUCCAGGAUGAUAUUGCACAGAAUCCAGGCUUAAAGGAAGAUGUUAUUGGUAUCAUUUCAAUAGGAAUGCAUGCGAACAUUACAGACAAACUUUUAGCAACUCUUCCUCGUGUGAGAGUAAUUUCAAGUAUUGGAGUCGGAGUGGACCAUAUCGAUCUAAAAUGUGCUAAAGAGAAAGGAAUACGAGUUGGAAACACUAGAUACGUUAUUUCCGACAGUGCAGCAGACCUUGCCAUUACUUUAAUAUUAAUAUCGUCUCGGAAAAUACUGCCGGGUAUCAGCAUGGCAAUGGAAAAUGAAAAUCCAAACUUUGAUUGUCUGAGCUUACUUGGAACAAAUGUGAAGAACAAAACUCUUGGAAUUGUCGGUAUGGGAGAUAUUGGCUUUAAGAUUGCUCUAAGAGCAACUGCAUUCGACAUGAAAAUCCUUUAUCACAAUAGGAAACGAAGAAGCAAUGAAGACGAAGAACGAGUCAAAGCUACGUUUUACCCUCGUUUGCAAGAUAUGUUACCCGAAAUGGAUGUUCUUGUUAUUGCUUGUCCUUGCACAGAACAAACGAUUAACUUGAUUAGUACAGAAGAAUUCCGGUUGAUGAAGAAAACUUCACUUUUGGUAAACAUCGCUCGAGGGAAGAUAGUUGACACCGACGCCCUUGUGAAAGCUCUUCAGUCAAAUGAAAUUCAAAGUGCUGCCUUGGAUGUCACCGAACCCGAACCCCUGCCACGAGGACACCCAUUGUUAUCCAUACCAAAUGUUAUCAUAACCCCUCACUGCGGAGCAGCCUCAUAUGAAACUCGCUUAGAAAUGCAUGAUUUAUUGAUAGAAAAUUUGAAAUGUGGUUUGGAUGGGAAAGCGAUGCCGUCUGAAGUAAUUUUGUAAUGCUGAUAUCUAAUCAAGAAACAAACAUUCUUAAAAUCAUUUUUGAUUGAAAUUGGAACAGUUAUAAAUGUGUUAAUUAAUCGUGAAUUGUAAGGUGGCGAGUUGGCAGAAACGUUACCACGGCAGGCGGAAUGGUUAGCGGUAUUUCGUCUGCCGUCACGUUCUGAGUUCAAAUUCCGCCGAGGUCGACUUUGCCUUUCAUCCUUUCGGGGUCGAUAAAUUAAAUGCCAAUUGCAUGCUGGGUCGAUCUAAUCGACUUGCUCCCUCCCCGCAAAAAUUCCUGCCUUGUACCUAGAGAAGAAACGAAUUAAUUGUGAAUUAUAUAUUCCUAGAAAGAUAACUGUUAGUGAAUGACUGGGGUAUUUGUUUCAUUCUUGUGCAUUCCGAAAGAUAUACCAAUCCUGAAAGAUCUUCAGAAAGGACUUCAAUAAAUUUCCCAUUUGAUAUUUUAUUACUUGAUUAUUAAAAUUCAAUGGAAAAUAUUU